AUGUUACGACUAACUCUAUCCGGUUUGGUCAGCGAGGGGCUGUUUCAUUUUUUUCUGGCCUUCAACCUGAUCACCGGUGAGGUCAUCGGGCUAGUGGGCAUCGUCUGCAACGUGCUCAACAUCCUGGUCUUCACCAGACAAGGGUUCAAGGACACGGUCAAUAUCACGCUAACGGCUUUAGCUGUAAGCGACCUGGGCGCGUUGAUCACCAUACAGAUCAACAACAUCAUGUUAAACCCGUGGUUUUUAUACGCCGAUGUGCCCUUUGACCCUGUGGAUGUUCUGGUCAUGGUAUCCAUGUAUCCACACAACUACUUCAUCCGUGUGAGUGGAUUCAUCACAGCCUUCGCGUCGUUCGAGAGAUGUGUCUGUGUUGUGGUACCGCUGAAGCUGAAAUUAUUAAUCACAAAACGCGUCACCGUGACGGUUAUAACCGUCAUCUACAUCGCCACGUUACCUGUAGUGUUUCCUGUGUACUACACCACCUACCUAGACUGGACAUACUCGCCAGCUACAAACAAAUCCUACCUGGCUGCCAAUUUCCGCCCCACGCGAAACGAAGUCUUCGCCGUGUCGUAUUUCAUCACGGAUCUUUUUGUUCCGAAUUUCACCUUCGUCGUCAUCAUCACCUGCACAAGCAUCAUCGGGGUGAAGCUGCGACGGACCGCUCAGUGGAAGCAGACGAUGAACAAGUCAGGCGUGACGGGGAAGGAGAUGAAGGUCGUGUUGAUGUUGACGACCGUGUCGCUGACUUUCAUCGUCUGCUUAAUCCCGGAGUCGGCGCUACUGUGUGCGUCCAGCUUGAUCCGGAACUUGAGUCUCCGGGGAAAGUAUUUCGACGUGUCUAUGUGCUGCUACUGUGUGGUGCUGUUCAUGGAGAACGUGUGUAACACCGUCAACACGCUCGUGUACCUCAAGAUGAGCGGCAGGUACAGGAAGACAUUGAUGGAGCUUCUGCUGGCUUGGGGAAUACGGACAAAGAAGUUGGGUUGA